AUGCCACCAAUCCCAAUAACAAUAAUAACCGGCUUCCUCGGCUCCGGCAAAACAACCCUGAUCCUCAACCUCCUCCCCCAACUCCCCACCAACUACCGCGUCGCCCUCCUCAAGAACGAAUUCGGCGACCUCGCCGUCGACACCCAACUCGCCUCUUCCAAAUCCAUCUCCGGCGUCCGCGAGCUCCUCAACGGAUGUAUCUGCUGCAAUCUCGUCGGCCAGCUCGGCGAUGCCCUCUUCCAACUCCGCGACACCGUCGACCCGGCACGCAUCAUCGUCGAGACUUCCGGCUCGGCCUUUCCGGCGACGCUGGCGAUGGAGAUCAAUCGCAUCAGUAAUGAGAAUUCGGGCAUGUUUGUGCUGGAUGGGGUGAUCAGUGUGAUUGAUGUUGAGAACUGGAAGGGGUAUGAUGAUGUUAGUCCGACGGCGAGGAUGCAGGCGAGGUAUACGGAUUUGAUUAUCUUUAACAAGUGGGAGUUGGUUUCGGAGAGGAGAUUUGAUGAGGCGCUGGAUCGGGUGGGGGAUCUGGAGGUGCAGACUCCGUGGGUGAAGUCGGUGAAAGGAUGGGUUGAUAAGGAGGUGGUGUUGGGGAUUGAUGGGGCGAUGAUAAGGCAGGAGGGGAUCAGGGAGGCGAUUGCGCUGGAGCAUGAGGCUGGCACGCGAGGGAGGAGCAUCAUCAGAGCGAGGUCGAGGUGUUGA